UUUGAGAAGAUUUUUUACCUUGUGCUUGAAGUGACAAAGCCAUUAUUAUCAACAAAUAAAGCUAGUUAACUUUCUUAGUUGUAGUGACAAGAUAAUCAAGUUAGGUACAUACAGAAUGGCCGCGGACGCCGAGUUUGACCUGGAGGAGAUGGAGCAGGCCGACAGGGAGGAGCUCGAGGCCAUGCUCUACGCCCAGAUCCACUACGCCGCGCCGGACGCCGCCACUGGGGCGGUGGAGGCUCUGCCUGCCCCGUCACAGCGCGUGCCUGAGGAGCCCGGGCCGUCCAAAACGUCCGGCCCUGGCGCAGCGGCUCCGGCUGCCCUCGCCAAUGGACUGGGUCACGCCGACCCGCCGGGGGAGGGGAGAGCAGAGGGGACGGCACCCGGUGCCGCCCCGGCGGCAGGGACUCCCGCGCCUGUCGUCAGGGGCCAAUCGCCAGGGACCGCCGAGACACCCGGGACUGGCGGCGUGGGGCGGCGCCCUGCGGGCCACAGUCCGGCUGGUGCUGCCAUCACCAGUCGCCCGGCGGACGGCCCGGCGCAGCCGACUGGUGCCGCUGACCGGGCGUCUGAGACCGCCGACCCGCGCCCGGCCGCGGCCGCGGGGGCGCCGGGCCGGGCCUCCGUCACUCUCGGGGACUCGGUGCAGCUGGCCCACCCGCCAGCCAGCCGGCCGGCCAAGCGGCCGCGUCUCUCGUCCUCCUCCAGUGAUGACGCAGAGACGAAGACGGCGGCGCUGGCAGCCAGCGAGCGGCGGCGGCAGGCGCGGCCCGGCCCGGCCCGGCCGCUGGUCACCGUGCACGGCUCCUCCUCGGACUCGGAGUUGUCCGCGGACGACGGCGUGCGGGAGGUGUCGGCGCGCCCAGGCGCCCGCCCUGGUCACCCUGGACGGCUCGACGUCCUCCUCGGAGCCGGAGGUGGUCCCGCCGGCCGGCGACUCGCGGCCCAGACCGCGCACCAGCUCCGACCUCAGCUCGUCGGCAGAGGACAGCGACGGCGCCGCCGGCCUGCCGCUGGACUGCAAUAUCCAGAUGAACGUGCGGGGCGCCGCUGUGGAGCAGCGUCCGGGGCGGCGGCCGGAGCAGGUGGCCGCUCAGGAACCGGCUCUGCCCGAGCCUGCCUACCGGCGCGCCCUGUCCAGUGUGUCGCUGGCCGAGUCGGAGCGGCGUCUGCUGGAGCCUCUCUGCCGCGCCCCGGUCUGCCACAAAUGGAGCGCCCGCCAGAGGGAGGGUUACGCCACCCCGCGGCACUACGGGCCGUCGGAGGUCCACGGCCUGCAGGAGACCAUGUCGGACCGCGGGUGGGAUGUUCCUGUUGAAUACCGCCAGAGGCCGGCGGCCGCCCGGCCGGCCGCCGCUCGCUACUACAGUAAUCUGGCCAAGAACAGGUGUCGCCGCUGUGACGAGGUCGGUCACGUGAUGGCCGCCUGCCCGCGGCCGCCGACGUGUUACCUGUGCGGCGGCAGCGGUCACUCGGCCGAGGGUCGCUGCCCCAACCUGUUCUGCUACAUGUGCGGCCGGCCGGACCACCCGUCCAGCCGCUGCGCCCGCCGGGUGCGUCCAGUGUUCUGCGCCCUCUGCCAGGCGUCCGGACACACCUCAGACGAGUGCACCGAUCGCUGGCGGCGGCUCCACGCCACGACGAGGCCGGGCCCGGCGCUGCGGCCGCCGCCGGCCCUGGAGAAGAGGCCGGCGAGACGCCUCUACUGCUGGCAGUGCGGUCAGCGCGGCCACCCCGGCCACCAGUGUGGCGACGAGCGGUACACCAUCCGGUCGUCACUCUCGCAGCGCGUCGUCUCGUACACGGAGACGGCGCGCGCCUGCCGCCAGGUGUCCGGCCUGGUGGCCACACCCGCCCAAAUGGACGCCGUGUUCGCGCCAAAACGGCGCCGGCGCAUCGAGCGCGAAACGGGCGCCGAACUCACCUACGAGCAGCUGGGCGACCACUCGUGGCUGAUCAACAUCUCCGGUGAUGUGUCGGCGGCUCGGGCGGCCCACCAGCUGGUGCAGACGCUGCUGCAGGGUCAGCGGCUGCCCCGGCCGCGGCCCAGCAGUGCGCCGUCCUCGCCGGCCCGCGGCGAGUCGCCGGCGGGCGCGGCCAGCGCUCCGGCCAGCCCGCGGCCGCGGCGCCGCCAGCGGGCCGCCGCCGCGCGCAGGUCGGCGCCGGCUGAGGUGCUGGAGGUGGAGCUGCACUCGGGCUCCGAGGACGCCCGCUCGCCCGCCGAGGUGUCGGAGGUACCGCUCACCGUGACGUUGGAGUCGGACGACGAGCCGGGCUCGGAGCUCUCCGCACUGACGGCGGCCGGACGCUCCUGGGACCUGUCACUGCUCGACAGAGAGGAUCGGGAACACGCGCAGAGCGCCGCGCGCACACCCAAACUGAGCAGAAAGCAGCGCAAGAAGCAGCGCGCCAGCCAGUGGAAGGGGACGGCCGGAGAGGCGCCCGCUGUGGGCGACCGAGCCGCCGCCGCCGGCGCCAAGACCCGGCGGAAAAGGAACAGGGACCGGCUGCGAGCGGGCGGCGGUGCUGGCGCCGGGCCGGGAUGGUGAGCUGGCGCCGCGCUGAGUCGGUGAGCUGGCACCGGGCUGCGCCGGUGAGCGGCGGAGCUGGCGCCGCGCCAGGCCGGUGAGAGUCGCUCCCGGAGGCGGCACUGCAGCACGCGGUGAGUUGGCUGCGCGGCCCGCCUAGGGCCGGCCGGGGCUAUCCUGCGCCACUGCCUGUGCCCAGGGACCGGUCGGGGUCUAGGUUGUUUGGAAUCGCUCGUGAGUGUUGGUGAGCAAGUGGCGUGUUUUGUGCUGUUACGGUAUAUGGUAUACAUGAUUUAAAUCUUU